AAAGUUUUUGCGAUAGACUUAUCUCUACGUGGUGCAUCCUGGGCAACGUAUACUCAUACGAAUCGCAACUCUUCAAAUUUGUGUCUAUUUUGUAUUUACUUGCUAUUAACUCGUAAAAUAUGUGUGCUAGGUCGGGGCAUUCCUUUGUAUCUAAUUUAUGAAAAUUUAUACUCGUAUUUUAGUCAAGAAGAAGCACAGAAGAUAGAUGAAGAGCUCUUCAAUGAAUAUGCGUUCUCCGUUGAUCAACUUAUGGAGUUGGCCGGUUUCAGCUGCGCCGUGGCAAUUCAACAGGCCUAUCCAAAGUCAUCAAUGAAGACUUCUGACGGUGGCGUUCUUAUCUGCUGUGGGCCGGGCAACAACGGUGGGGAUGGUUUGGUAUGCGCUCGUCAUCUCAAACUCUUUGUAAGUUUUUUUCGUACACCCCUCCCCCUCCCACCAUGCUUCAAAAUUUAUAAUGUUAAUAAUCUUGGAAAUAUGCGUCAGCACUCUCCUAGAAUUUCUUAUCUUAGAAGUCAGUUAAUACACACUUUUGGUGCACCACGUGGAGGUAAAUCUAUCGCACACCCCAUUAUGAAAGGAUCUAAACAUGGAAAAACAGUUAAGCCACUCAAAUCAGGUUGCCGGUUCAGUGUGGCAUGUGGUGGUGGUGGGGUGAGAGAGGGGAGAAGGUCUCAUAAAUCUUGCUGA